CCGCCACGCCAGCCCAGGAUCAGCAUGGCUGUCCGCCUGUGGGUGGUCGCCCUGGCCUUGGCUGCCCUCUUCAUUGUGGACAGAGAAGUGCCAGUGUCGGCAGAAAAGCAUGUUUUCUCAAGAAUGCCCAUCUGUGAGCACAUGACGGAGUCCCCAGACUGCUCCCGGAUAUACGACCCAGUCUGUGGCACAGAUGGAGUCACAUACGAGAGUGAAUGCAAGCUCUGCUUGGCUCGGAUAGAAAAUAAACAGGACAUCCAGAUCGUGAAGGAUGGCGAAUGCUGACUCCCCAGGAGCCCCUUAAGCCAUGAAGCUUCGGGCUGGAGGACAGCUCUGGGAGUGGAGAAGAUGUGACAUUAAAUAAAA